GGCAGUGUCGCUUCCGCGAAAAAGUAGACACGCGAUGGAAAGCGUAAAUAUUUACAUCUCUUGAGUGUUCGUUUCGGCGUAUUUUUUUUUUAAUUUGUAUAAUCAUGAUAGACGGGAACAUCUCGAUGGAGGAGGACACGGAAUUGAGGGACCUGGUGGUGCAGACCCUGGAGAGUAACGGCGUCCUCGCUAAGAUACGGGCGGAACUCAGGGCGAGCGUGUUUCUGGCACUCGAGGAACAGGACUCGGUUAUGAAUCCCGAGCCACUUCUCAACAAAACUGUAAAGCAGUACCUGUCUAAUUCAGAAGGAAAAUUAUUGUUUUCCUUAGUUAGGGAGUUCCUAGAGUACUUUGGUCUCGACUACACAAUAUCUGUAUAUGAUCCAGAAACAUACUUCGGAAAGGAAUAUAACUAUGUAGGGAGAAAUAAAUUGUGCGAAGAGUUAGGUAUCGAUUCAACCGAGCCAUUGCUGGGGGAGAUUCUCAAGAGUAGCAUCAACGGUGCCUUUAAUAGUUCACAGAAGAACAAAUCUAGCAGCAGACACGACGAGGCGGACGAGGCCACGACAAAUUUCGCAAAUGCGACAUUCGAAGUGUCCGUGCCGAAAAUAAUCCACAAUGAAUCCGUGUCGUCGUCAAAUGAUAACGAUUCCUCUGAAAAAUUAGAGAGCAUUUCCGAGCAGAGUCCGAAGGUUCCAAUAAACGUGACAAUAACGGACAAGAAAUGCAAAGAUCCGCCGACUGGUGCCGACGUUGUAACAGACACGUCGGAUUACGAUAAGCAUCAAUCUUCUCUCAGGGAGAGUACAGUGGACACUGAUGGAAUUGAAGGUAACAGGAACAAUAAUGUAAAUUUUGAUAAGAGCACCGCAAAUCCACACGGCACAUGCACGGCGACGAGCGACGUGGCGCAGGAGACUGAUAGCACCGUUACGUCUAAUCAAAUGAGUCCGUUAAACAAAUCCGAAUCCUUAAUUAAGUUCGACGAUACUAUAGUGAUCGACACGCAAGCAAAUCAAAAUGAGGAUGUAUCUAAGCAAAACAGUAUAAAUAGUUUGGAGCUAAGUAUAGAGAAUAAUGUACAAAGUAAAAAACCGGUUAACGCGGGAGGCAACUUCGGCAAAACGAUAUAUUUUGACGAGAUUAUCGUCGGCGGUGAGCGGAAGAACGUUAGUACAAUGAAUAAAGCCGAGCCUUUUCUACAAGGUUUGCCGACCAUCAAUCAGAAAGCCAAUUCUAUAUUUAGCGAUCUGCCACCAUUAAACGGUAAAAAGGCCAACAUUAACGAUCUGAAGGAAUUGAUGGACAUUGGGCUUGCUGCCGAUGGCAUAGAUAACUACGAGGAAGACUUUGUGUCGUCUGCAUCAGGUAGCGCGAACGAGCAAAGCCCCACCAAGGAGCCCGACAAGAUAGACAGUCCUCUCAAGUUACGAACAAUGAAAGAGGAAAAGCCUCAAAGUGCCCGUACCGAAGAUUUAAGCGAAGAAAUCGAGGAAAUGGACGAAAUCUUGAGUAGUACCUCCCUCGAAGAUAUAAAUACGGAUAAGAAUAUAUCAAACUUUGCGACGGGUAUUACCGCGGAUUAUACAUAGAGAAUGUAAUUUUCACUCGUAUCGCUACAGAUCCUUUGUAAGAGUUCUAGCGAGUUGUUCCUCUUGUAUGUAACCUUGAUAAGAUCGAUAUAUCCUAUCACUAGAACGCAGCGGAUAUCUAUGCCGACUACUGUAAGAAUUCAGCAACUCGCCGAGUUGAAUUCAUAGUUUCUGACAAAAGGCACUGCCAAGCUGUGGCUCAAUACUUAUAAGUUGCGCUGCAAGGGAUAUAACAAAAAAACAAAAAAACGUAGAAGGAAAAUGUCUGAAUGCGUGUUACUACAGACGAUACCAUAUUUUUGUACGAUUUGUAAAGAUAAGCGACACUGAAACUGUCAUAGUUUGCAAUAACAAUGCGUAUUGUGAACAAUCGUCAACUUUUUCAUAGAUUAUCCGAGACAUUGCAUAAUUCAGGAAAGCAAUACGAUCGAUAUACUGUCAUUAAUACGAUAUGUAUUGUUUUUUUUUUAAUUAUUUAUACACGCAAAAAGAGUAUCUUCUGUCAUUCUGUCGUUGGAAAAACUAACGAAACUGAAAUGCGAAAAGAAACAUAUGUAGAAGAAUAUAAAAUAGCAAUUAUACAAUUAUGAAAUUCGCAAUAAUUUCCAAGUUUUUGUCUGUAUUUUCAUAACAUUGAAUACCACGAGAUAAAGCAUUUUAUUUAACUUCAGACAGGCUACCUUCUACGUUAUGUAAAAAAUAUACUAGUAUUAUAUUACUCUUACAAGCAUAUUACACAAAUGUUAUGAUAAUUUAAAUAUUAAGGAGGAGUCAAAAAAGGAAGAGCACACGAGUUAAUACUCGUCAAUAACUUAGUUCUAUUUCUUUCGAUCUUCUUUUCUUUUUGUAGAGACUCUUUCUAUUAGCAUUUUGUCGUGUUUUUAUCGAAGUAUCUCUGCCCUUAAUUUUAUGACUGAACAUUGUCCAUUACCUCAUUUUACAUAAAGUUACUGACAUGAUAUUGUAACAAUAUCAGGAAAUCGUCCGUCUAGAAAUGGAUUGCCUAAAAAAUCCAUCAAAUUAUUUUUUCGAAUGUAAUGGUGCUAAGUGUUUGAAGCUAAAGUUAUUUAUGAGAGUUAACGUUAUCUAAGAAAAAAAAACGAAGAAAAAUUAGGUGCUUAUAUAUUUUCUUGCAUCCAUGAUUCGCAGGAAAUUAGUGAAAGCUAGACUAGGAUAUUGAUUUUUGGAUAAUACAGCUCGAUUGAAAAAAAAAGAACGAAAAGAAAAGAAAAACGUUUAAAUGCGGAUAUUUUGUGCCCCCCACCCCCCCAUAUAAGAUGCAAUAACUAAGUACAACUCAAGAUGGAUCAACUAGAUGCUUGACAAAUCAAAAUCCUUUUGUAAAAAAAUAUGUAUAGCCAGUCAGCUUUACGAAAAGAAUUUUCAUUAACAACUAGACUACGUUGUAACAUUAAAAUUUAUGCCUGGUUCGAACGAAGGAAUUCCGUCGCUCAUAUAAUCUUUCAUUCAACAAGGUUAAUAGUAAUUCGCCACGCGAUUCGACAACUUUUCAGACGUUGAUAAGUCAAGGAAAUACUGUGCUCAAAUAUUCGCAGCAUUUCUUACUGUACACUUGUAUAAUGCUAUAUUUAUUAUUGCUCCAUUACAUCUUUAUAAAUUGUGAAUUUAAAUACGAAUGUUAUGUUUAUUUCGGUAGCAACUGCAUGCGUAACGCGAGAGGAAGGGACAAAUUACGUUAGCGAUACAAAAACACUGAUACUGAUAGACUUCAAUUGCAUGUGUCUCAUUGCGACAGGAAAUAUCCCGAGGCUCUUUGCGGGAAGAGUAUACACGCUAAAAUGCAUCGUGUUUCUAGCGUCAAAUUAAAUUUACUAUUUACCAAAUUAAUUUUUGGGUCUCUAUUUCGUACGUAAUCGGCACGCAGUGACGGAUAAAAGAAAUUUACACGAAUCUCAAGUAGCGCCCCGCACAGCACACGAUUUUCCCUUCGUCUCAGUACUGCGUAACGGAAUCGCUUAGUUCGAACUGCCGUUUAUCCCGACGUGUAUUUAAAAAAGUGAAGGAAAACAAGAAAAAAAAAGCAGGUGUGUUCCUGACCAAUCAGCGUGGUUACAUUCUAUUAUCGACACGGCAAUCUUGACGACGGGAUUCAGGACUGCAUUUGAACAUUCCUACGCUCUGUAGAGUCUAGACGAGAGAUAGAUACAUUCCAACAUUACGCACUAAGAUAGGCCGUACUUUACGUCGUUACCAUUAGCACGCAUGUUUACAGAAUAAGUGUAUCUCUCAUUGUAGAUUGUAAGGGUAUAAUUUAAGGAGCAUCUUUUCUUUUGUAUCUGCCGCAAGAAGCGCGCGGCUAAAGUUUCACUUGAUCUUGCGGAGUGGCAGAAAGUACGCCCUCGGUGGGGUCUGUCGCGCGAUACAUUUCCACCUGGGCGAACUCUCGUUUAAUCGUAAGGCAAUUCUCGAACUAUACCUUGUGCUUACGUGUCUCUUGGUUUUUCUUCUUCGCAUGUUUGUAACGUAGAUAUAUCUAGAGAAUGCGUAUGUAAAACCUAUGGAUCGUCUUUAAGGGACGCCGCCGAGAAUGUAAACUGUCUCGCAACGCUUUUGAAUGUAUUUACUCAUACCCGGGGAUGAACGAUAUCUUCUUUUUUAUAUGAUUGUUUGACGCAGCUUUUGUGAAAGGAACAUAUCCGACGCAGAUUGUACGUUAAAUCAAGUAACAAUUUUAUUGUGGAAAAAUGUAUGUACAUAUACGACACAGUAGUGUUUCAAUGCACAAAUUUCAUGGAGAGGCAAGCUCGAUAGUUUCAGGAUAGAUAGCCCAUAGUCCAUAGCUAUUCAUAAUUCACAGUUUGAAAUUUUACGAGGUAUUGACAGCAACCUGCUUUACGAUACUUUUUUACACGGUCGCAGAUAAUUAUUUUGUAACCACGUUGAAACAUUGGUAGCUAUACCGUGCCUUUUAGUGUGUAUGAAAUAAUUAUAAAGAAUGCAAAUAAUAAUAAAAAAAAGGUACUGUGGAAUUGUGGGUUUUAUGAAACACCUAUGUUACUUAUUUAUGAUUUUCAAGUAUAAUGUAACGAUAUGUAUUCGUGUAUGUUAUUUAUUUUAUAAAGAUUUUUCUCUUUUGCA